CCCAAACUAUUUAAUACAGCUAGCUGUUCGUUGCCGUUAUACGAAACCCCCAAUCUCUUCCUUAUUCCUCUCCUUGAACCAAACUCCUCACAUUCCCACGCCGCCGGCAGCCGUCACGAUGACGACGGCGGCUCCGCUCUACCUCCUCCUCGUUUCCGCCGUGGCCAUCUACCUCUCCACCGCCGCCACCGCCAUCGGGGUGAACUACGGAACGAUAGCCAACAACCUCCCGCGACCGUCCCAGGUGGCGCAGUUCAUAACGACGCAGACCAUCAUCGACAGCGUCAAGAUAUUCGAUGUCAUUCCCGACAUCAUACACGCCUUCGCCAACACCAACGUCACGGUGACGAUAACUGUCGGCAACGGCGACAUCCCUGCUCUCGCGGACGCCGGUGCCGCCGCCCAGUGGGUGGCCGCCAACGUGCAGCCGUAUUAUCAGGAGACCAAGAUUAACCGGAUCUCGGUGGGGAAUGAGAUCUUGGCCACCGGGAACAGGCUCUGGAUCUCCAAGCUCGUCCCUUGUAUGUGGGCCCUACACAACGCUCUUGUCCAGGCCGGAAUACGCAACAUUCAGGUGUCGACGCCGCACACGCUGGGGAUAAUAUCGAACUCGGUGCAGCCGAGCCAGGCCCGGAUCCGAAAGGGGUACGACAAGGUGAUAUUCGAGCCCAUGCUCAAGUUCCUCCGCCAGACCAAGUCGCCGCUCAUGGUCAACCCAUACCCUUACUUCAGCUACGCCCCCAGCAUCGCCGACUACGCCCUCUUCCGACCCAACCGCGGCGUCCACGAUUCGCACACCAACAUCACUUACUACAACAUGUUCGACGCCAUGAUGGACGCCGUCUACUCCGCUAUCAAGGCAAUGGGUUACGCCGACGUCGACAUCGUCGUGGCCGAGACCGGCUGGCCCUCCGCAGGCGACCCCAACCAGCCCGCCUGCACAGUGGACAACGCCAUUUCCUUCAACGGCAACUUGCUCAAAGCCGUUACCUCAGGGAAAGGGACGCCAUUGAUGCCCAACAGGAAAUUCGAAACCUACAUCUUCUCCCUGUUCAACGAGAACCUGAAGCCGGGGCAGUCGAACGAGAGGAACUGGGGGCUAUUCCGCCCAGAUUUCAGCGCGGUCUACGACAUCGGGAUCCUGAAGAACAAGCAGUCGAGGCCGGCGCCGGUUGCGGGGAAGAAAUCGUGGUGCGUUCCGAAGGCGUCGGCGAGCGACCAGGCUUUGCAAGCCAACAUAAACUACGUGUGCAGCCAGAAGGGCAUGGACUGCAGGCCCAUUCAAGCCGGCGGCCCGUGCUUCGGGCCCAAUAAAGUCAGGUCCCACGCGUCCUUCGUGAUGAACUCGUUUUACCGCCUCAACGGAGCUCGUCCUUUCAACUGUGAUUUCGCCGGCACCGGAGUCGUAGCUAACUCGGACCCAAGUCACGGCUCGUGUAAAUACAUGUGAGAUGUGACAAUAUUAACGGUAGGAUUCGAGAUCGUCUCAAGAGGAGGUUUCAAUUUAAUCAGUCUUUGCGAUUAUGAGGUUUGGGUUGUCGAGUUAAUUUUGGGCCUGGCUGGGCAUUUUCCCUGGUUGUCAAUGUCAUCACAAAUUCUGUUGUAAUUGAGACCGUAUGUGUUUUACCAUGUAUGAAGUAUGAUUUAACAAAGUAGGAGUCCUUUCUCUAUAGCCAGCUUGUUAGAAUUGAUUUAUUUAUCUGAUAGAUGGAAUGUGAGCAUGUGAUACGAUGAGUUAUAAUCCAAGCUCUUGCCUAAUAACUCGAUUGAAAAUAAAAAUAUGUCAAAAAAUUCUGCCUUUGACCCCGUUAAGAUCGCUAUGUUCUUUUCAAAGUGACGCAAACUCAUUGCAAUAGCAUGCAUAUUGAUGUCCUGUAAAAAAAGGAAAAACAUACAUAUGUCAUGUACGAAGCUGAUUUCCUGUAUUGUUUGUAGGGGUGGUAAACGGUAAUCCGGUAAACGGUUUACUAUUUUACCGAACCGGUAACCGGCGGUAUCGGCAGCCGAGCGGGAAGUUGGGGGAGUAGGUUUACCAAACACGGUAUCGGUAAAUACCGACGGUAAAUCGGUAUUACCGAUACCGAAUCCCCCCUCCCUACUCCCAAGUGUUGCGCUGCGUUUUGUUGCUUUACCCCCAAAAAUAUAAAAUAUUACAUACAUGAAUGUUAGUAUCGGCCUCAAAAAUAUUGUAAAUAAGAGUUAAUAAUAAAUUAUUAAUUACAAAAAUGAUGAAAAAACUCAAAAAAAUCAAAAUAUUACAACAUCACCCCACUUUCAGAAAUUCGGUUCGGUAAAUACUCGGUAAACCAACUGAAAAACCGCCCGAAAUCGCUUCUCACGAUAUUUCGGUAAUACCGGUUUGUAACCGUUUACCGGUAAUUCGGUAAUCGGUAAACCGGUUACAAACUGGUAUCGGUAAUCGGUAACCAGUUUGGCCAACUUCGGUAUACCGAAACCGGUAAAUUCGGUAAAUGGUAAAUUGUUUACCGACCGAAUCUCACCCCUAAUUGUUUGGGAAGUUUAGGCAAGUGAAAAUUUCUGAAGUAAUUAAGAUUGACAGCUAGAGAACCAUUUUCGUCAACGAUUCUGAUACUUAGGUAUCGUUUGCUUGUGGAAUUUGGGUGAUGGAUUUGGUACCCAAAUCCCAAGCAUAAUGAAAUUGGCACAAGUCCAUUGUUUGCUAAGAGCAGCUGCAUCGGCUGUCUCUUCUUUGUUUCAAAGUGACAUGGCAAUGUCAUUUGCCAUUUCAUGGUUGUAGCAACCCAUUUCAAUAAUGAAAUAUUUCAUUAGAUGGAAGAGCAAAUGAAAUUGCAAGUGGGGUAGCAAGCGGGCCCAUUUCAAUUGGUUAGAGUGUAUAAUUAUUUAAUUAUAUUGUUUAUGUGAAUCGGGCCCACCAUAUGAAAUUGGAGAUAGAUUUCAUGGAUGGAGAUAAAAUAGAUGUUAAAGAAUGAAAUUGUAAAAAGUGU